AUGACUGCUGCUACUACCACUUUCGCUAAAUCAAUAUCAUCCCUUCUAAAUGGGAGUGGACCUACUCCUCCUCUCACUCCCAAUGGAGAGGAACCUAAGUCAAUCUCAAGGUCAUCAUCCCCACAUCCUCUCGUCAGCUCUCAACAAAACCUCCUUCGCCUUAAAGCACAUCUACAAAACCUUCCUACGGAUUUACUGAAACAUGUGCAUCUUUCAAAGAUCAGAAGGGAUGAUCCCAAUCUAUACUUCUCUGCUAUAAGAGAUGAUUUGACUGGACUUGCACCCAUCGUGUAUACCCCCACCGUCGGAGAAGCUUGUCAAAAGUAUUCUCACAUCUACCAAGGUCCAGAAGGUCUUUAUCUUUCAAUUGACGACAAGGAUCGAAUCCCCGAAAUCCUUUCUGAAUACGCUUCUAAACUUUCUACAACCCCUCAAAUCCUCGUUGUCACUGAUGGCUCUAGAAUUCUUGGUCUUGGUGAUCUUGGUAUAGGAGGAAUGGGAAUCUCAGUCGGUAAACUGAACCUUUACGUCGCCGGAGGUGGUGUAAAUCCUCAUGGCUGUUUACCGGUCGUUCUUGAUAUGGGCACAAAUACCGAAUCUAUUCGAGAUGAUCCUCUUUACAUUGGUCUUCGAAGACCUCGAGUAGGCUUGGAAGAGGCAACUGAAUUCAUGGACUGUUUCAUGGCAGCUGCUUCAAAUGCCUUCCCCAAUGCCGUCAUUCAACAUGAAGAUUUCUACUCUGAGGCUGCUUUUGCUUUCUUGGAGAAAUACAAGAACAAAUAUAGAAUGUUCAAUGACGACAUCGAGGGUACCGGCUCAGUCAUCCUUGGUGGCUUCAUGGCGGCUGCCAAACAAGCGUCUGCUGCUUCAGGAAAAGCACUUAAAGAUCAUAAAGUUGUUUUCCUCGGUGGUGGCAGUGCUGCCGUCGGUGUCGCUAAAGAAAUGAUGAACUUUUUCAGAAUGCAAGGUCUGUCAGAGGAUGAGGCCAAAGAGAGAUUCUGGUUGAUUGAUACCAAGGGUCUUAUCACAUCCACACGACCUGAUGUCGUUGCAGGCAAACUCGCUUCCCACAAGAAAUACUUUAUCCGAAACGACACUGAGGGUAAAGAAUAUCCUUCUCUCGCUUCCGUCGUCGAGUUCGUUCAACCUACUGCUCUUGUCGGUCUGUCAACUACAUUUGGUGCUUUCGGUGAAGAUGUCGUUCGACGAAUGGCAGAUUUGAACCAAGCUCCUAUAAUAUUCCCUUUAUCCAACCCUACAUCUAAAUGUGAAUUGUCUUUCUCCGAUGCUUUGGAAUGGACAGAUGGAAAGGUACUAUUCGCAUCUGGAUCACCUUAUGCUCCAAUCACAAGAGAUGGUAAAUUAAGGGAACCAGGACAAGGUAAUAAUUUCCUUGUUUUCCCCGGAAUUGGAUUUGGUACACUCCAAGCUGGAGCAAAAGAAGUCUCAAGUGCAAUGAUCACCGCUUCAGCAAUCUCACUUUCUGAGGCUUUGAAUGAAGAAGAGAAAGCUGCGGGAUUACUGUAUCCUAGACUCGAAAGGAUAAGAGAAGUCAGUGCGAAAGUAGCUGCUGGAGUAGUCAAGAAAGCUCAAGAAGAAGGUGUAGACACUAAUGAGAAGUUGAGAGGAUUAGAUGAAGCAGCGUUGAUCAAAGAAAUGAAUGCCGCUCAAUGGUGGCCUUAG